GGUGUCAUCACUCUCCCAACUCGCACCCCCGAACCGGCCGGUGCGGAGCUCAUCCUCGUGCGAUUUCAUUCCCACCCCCUGCAUCUGCCGCUCCGUUGCUUUUGUGGAUCCCAUGGCAUGCGAGGGGCAAUUGGCCGCCGCCGUCUCUCUUCACAUGCUUGCUGGAAUGGCAGGAUAAUUAUUCUAGUAUGAAUGUUGAUCAACUUCCCUUGCGUCAAUCUCCCAUCUUCUGUUCACGUUUCCUCAUUGCCUUGUGAGUUGGUGAUAAUCUCUCUGGGGCCUAUUAUAAUCCCAGCCAUACAACCUCGCGACAAUCUCACAGGCAUCACUUAUAGCCGUACACCCAGCGCAUCCAUCUAUAGACAACCCACCAUAUAAUAUAGCAAUGCCUCAACUCGGGGAAAAGCCCAAGAAGGCCAUCAUCGUCGGCGCAGGCGCCGGCGGCGUAGCCCUCGCCGCCCGCCUCGCAAAGGCAGGCUUCUCCGUCACCGUCCUCGAAAAGAACUCCUUCACCGGCGGCCGCUGCUCCCUCAUGCACCACGAGGGCCACCGCUUCGACCAGGGCCCGUCCCUCUUCCUCCUCCCCCAGCUCUUCCACGAGACCUUCCGGGAUCUGGACACCACCAUGGCCGACGCCGGCGUCGACCUGCUGCGCUGCGAGACGAACUACAACAUUUGGUUCCACGACGGCGAGCUCUUCAAGCACUCGUCCGACCUCGCCGCCAUGAAGACGCAAAUCGAGCGCUGGGAGGGCAAAGACGGCUUCGAGCGGUAUCUCAAGUGGCUCCGCGAGGCCCACACGCACUACGAGAUCUCUGUCAAGGACGUGCUGCACCGGAAUUUCGGCAAGUUUUUGGAUCUCGCGAGGCCCGGGUUCGUCAGGCACGUCGUGAACCUGCACCCGCUGGAGAGCAUCUGGAGCCGCGCGAGCAGGUACUUCUGGACCGAGAGGCUGCGGAGGGUGUUUACCUUCGCCGUCAUGUACAUGGGCAUGUCGCCCUUCGACGCGCCCGCGACGUACUCUCUGCUCCAGUACACCGAGUUCGCCGAGGGCAUCUGGUACCCCCGCGGCGGCUUCCACCAGGUCGUGGCGGCGCUGGUGCGCAUCGGCGAGCGGCUGGGCGUCGACUACCGCCUCAACACGCCGGUAUCCCGCGUCCUGACAGACGGCCAGAAGGCGACGGGCGUGGAGCUCGAGUCCGGCGAGUCCCUCACGGCAGACGUCGUCAUCGUCAACGCCGACCUCGUCUACGCCUACGGCAACCUCCUCCCCAAGACCCCGACCAUCACCGACUACACAAAAUCUCUCCGCAAGAGGGAGGCCAGCUGCAGCUCCAUCUCCUUUUACUGGUGCAUGGACCGCAAGAUCCCCGAGCUGUCCGUCCACAAUAUCUUCCUCGCCGAGGAGUACCAAGAGUCCUUUGACGCCAUCUUCAAGCGCCACUCUCUCCCUAACCAGCCCAGCUUCUACGUCAACGUGCCUAGCAGGAUCGACCCCUCGGCGGCGCCAGAGGGAAAGGACACUGUCAUCGUCCUCGUGCCCGUCGGCCACCUUCAGGAGUCAAAGGGCGACGGGCCGGGGCUGACGUCGGACCCAAAGCACUGGGACGAUAUCGUCGCUCGCGCCCGCGCUGCUGUUGUAGAGAUUGUGAGCGCCAGGACGGGAUGCGCGCCUCUGACUGAUUCCAUUACACAUGAGAUUGUCAACACGCCCCUGACGUGGGAGGACAAGUUCAACCUCGACAAGGGUGCCAUCUUGGGUUUGACGCAUGGCAUCUUCAACGUUCUUGCCUUCCGCCCGCGUACGCGCGCAGAGGGUUUGGAAAACGCGUAUUUCGUCGGCGCCAGCACGCACCCUGGCACCGGCGUGCCCAUUGUCAUGGCUGGCGCCAAGAUCACGGCUGAGCAGAUUCUCGAUGACCGGGGAUUGGAAGUGCCCUGGGCCCGGGGCUUCGACGGUAUUUUGAAGCCCCAGAGCCUGUCACCGGGCAACAAGAAGCUGGAUAACGUGCGGUACGGAUUCCACUUCGGAUCCGAGGAAGUUGCUGUCUUGUCUGUCGGACUGGUUUUGGCUUUGAUUUACUUUAUCUUCUGGCCUACCGUACAACCAUGGGUUUGCUAACUUUUCAAUGUAAGCUAAGUAUGAAAGGAACGACUUGUUUUUGGGAGCAUCGUUUUGGGUAAAAUAGACACCUCACUUCACAAUACUGAAUCGAAUAUAUCGGUUCCGGAUAGGUCCCACUCGCUCAAGUGACAUUCCUCAAUGAUACUGUUCACAAACCCAAUGGCGCUAACAAGACC